UGAGAGAGAUGGAAGGGAGUGCGUUGGCUAUAACUUUACACCUCGUGAACAGAUAAAAAGUGAAGAGAAAAAAAAAGUUGCUUUGUCUUCAUUUGACUCCACUUUUGUCUGUCAUGAGUUCACAUCCUUAAGAAAUUUUUGUUUGCAUGUCUGUUUGGGACCGAUUUUCCACUCUGUUGAAACCCCCAUUGACGAUCCUUUUACUUCUUUUCUUCAUAAUUUCUACUCUGUAACCUAAACCCUAGUCUAAAAGUAAUGAGUGGGUUUUCCCCAAAUUUCUCAGAUUUUGUCGAAAUCGAUCCCACCGGAAGAUAUGGCAGAUACAAUGAAAUUCUUGGCAAAGGAUCAUCUAAGAUUGUAUACAGAGCUUUUGAUGAAUAUGAAGGAAUUGAAGUGGCUUGGAAUCAGGUGAAGUUAAAUGAUUUCCUACAAAACUCUGAAGAUCUCGAGAGGCUUUCUUAUGAGAUUCAUCUUUUGAAGACAUUGAAACAUGACAAUAUCAUGAAGUUCUUCUCUUCAUGGGUUGACACUGUCAACAGGAACAUUAAUUUCGUGACUGAGAUGUUCACAUCGGGGACACUAAGACAGUAUAGGCUGAAACAUAAGAGGGUAAACCUUAGGGUUAUAAAGCAUUGGUGCAGACAAAUACUGGAAGGCCUUCUUUAUCUUCAUAGUCAUGAUCCGCCUAUAAUUCAUAGAGAUCUGAAAUGUGAUAAUAUUUUCAUUAAUGGAAAUCAAGGAGAGGUUAAGAUUGGAGAUCUCGGUUUGGCUGCAAUCCUUCACAAGUCUCAAUCUAAUCCAUGCGUUGGGACGCCGGAAUUUAUGGCACCCGAGGUUUACGCAGAGGACUAUAAUGAAUUGGUUGAUAUUUACUCGUUUGGGAUGUGUUUACUUGAAAUGGUUACUUUUGAGUACCCUUAUACUGAAUGUACUCAUCCAGCUCAAAUCUACAAGAAAGUUGUCUCUGGGAAAAAACCGGAUUCUUUGUAUAAAGUGGAAGAUGCAGAAGUGAGACGAUUCAUUGAGAAAUGCCUGGCCACGGCCUCUACUAGGCUUUCUGCCAAGGAGCUUCUAGAGGACCCUUUUCUCCAAUUCGACUAUGAAUCAAAUCUCAAGUCAACGAUAAAACGGUAUGAUGAUAUUUUACUCUUCAAUGGCCGAGAAGAGGAUCAUUUGGAGUUGGAAGACUUCGAUAUUUCCAUCAAUGGAAGGAAAGAAGGCGAUGACAUCUACUUAUGUCUCAGAAUUGAAGACAACGAAGGGCUUGUGAGAAACAUAUAUUUCCAUUUCGACGUGGAGAUCGACACUGCAUUGGCCGUGGCUGAGGAAAUGGUGUCCGAACUGGAUCUUAUGGACCACGACGUGACUAGAAUAGCUGACAUGAUUGAUGGUGCUGUUUCUUCUUUAGAACCCAGUUGGAAAUUAGGUUUACUACUGAAAGACUCUGACUCAAGCCUUUGCCAUGUAUGUUCAAACAACCAAUAUUCGAAGAACGAGGAUAAGGUUCUUCAAUGCUCCAAACAGGGGUGUGCGACUGUUUAUGGUCGGUUCGAGGAGAUUACAUACCAAUUUGAAGGAUUGAAUGUACUUCAGAAUAACGAUCUAUGGGGGAUGCAAGAUGGAGGACACGAGGGAGAUACUAAAGGAAAGAAGGAAAUGGGAUCUAAAGACAAUAAUGGACAACAAGAUCAACAAUUGGGAGUUUUACCAUCCAAUCCUUUGAAUUCUAUGUUGGUUUCAAACCCGGAAGUGGCAACCGGUCCCUAUCCAGAAGAUCAAAUGUUUCCUAUUCAUGGGACUGUCUAUGGUUCAUGCAACCCGAAGAUGAAGGGCAAGAAGAAUCGCAGCGCCAAGAAGAUGUUCUAUAACGGGGCAGCAUUGCUUGCUAGGCAUGGCUACUUCUCUCUCGGUUGAGUUCUAAAUAAUUUUCGAAGUUUUGGGAACAAACUAACCACCUUUGAGUUUUAGCAAUGUACAUUUCUGUGAUAAUAUCUUGAGAAACAUUCUCUAGCCAAAUAAAAAAAACUAAGUUCAUAAUCUUAAGUUGUAUGAGGGUUUUUUUGUUUUAUGGUUUGGAAUUUGUAGAGACUGAUUUUCUACAAAUUG